UCCUCCGCUUCUCCCACUGUACGCCCCCCAAAAAGCCACAGAUCCCACCGUUUAAAUUACUGGAGCCUGGUUUCGACUUUUUCCCGUGCUGCUUAAUUUUUAUAUCUUAAAAAAGAAUAAAACAGCCGGGCGGGAUAGACUGGCUGUGUUGAAUCUGCUGCGCGGGAAUCUCCGCUGUGCGCUCGCUCUGGGAAUGUGCUGCUGUGGAAACCAAGGAUACGUAAAAACACGGAACAAGUGAGGACGUCCGGCUUUAAGACAGACGAGUUAUUGCGUGUCUGUACUUUGUGCUUUAUUUUCUUCUUCAGUCGCGGUUUUCCGCCCUGGCCCCGCGGGCGGUGCCGAAUGUGCGGCGGUGAAGCGCCAGGCCGGUAAACAGCGCCCGGCUGAGGCGAUGGCGGCGGGCGGGCUGGCGGGGCUGCUGCCCGCCCAGACACAGCUCGAGUACGCGCUGCUCGACGCCGACACUGCCCAGGAGAAGGAGAACCUGGUCUACCAGUACCUGAAGAAAAUGGACAGCCGCGAGCGGGACCUGGCGGUGCCCGAGCUCGGCGGAGAUCUGCAAUGGUUAAACACUGAAGGUCCUAUUUCUCUUCACAAAGACCUUUGUGGAAAAGUUGUGGUGUUGGAUUUCUUCACUUACUGCUGCAUCAAUUGCUUGCACCUGCUGCCUGACCUCCAUGCCUUAGAGCACCAGUACUCUGAUAAAGAUGGUCUUGUUAUCGUUGGUGUCCAUUCAGCGAAAUUCCCAAAUGAAAAAGUUCUGGAUAACAUUAAAAGUGCUGUCCUGAGAUACAAUAUUGUCCAUCCUGUAGUAAAUGAUGCAGAUGCAACACUGUGGCACGAGCUGGAAGUGUCCUGCUGGCCAACUCUGGUCAUUCUUGGGCCUCGUGGAAAUAUGCUGUUUUCUCUUGUUGGGGAGGGACACAGAGAGAAAUUGUUUUUAUUUACUUCUAUAACACUGAAAUUCUACAAGGAAAGAGGACAAAUCAAAGAUAACAGCAUUGGAAUAAAGCUGUACAGAGACUCCCUUCCACCUUCUCCUCUGCUGUUUCCUGGCAAAGUGACUGUAGAUGAUUCAGGAGGAAGGUUGGUCAUAGCAGACACUGGGCAUCACAGGAUUUUGGUUACUCGUAAAAAUGGACAAAUUCUACACACUAUUGGAGGUCCAAACAGUGGAAGGAGAGAUGGAGGAUUUUCAGAGGCAGCUUUCAACUCACCACAAGGAAUCGCUAUAAAAAAUAAUGUUAUUUAUGUGGCUGAUACAGAAAAUCACCUAAUUAGGAAGAUUGACCUGGAGUUGCAGGUGGUGACCACUGUAGCAGGCAUUGGGGUACAAGGUGUUGAUAAGGAAGGUGGAGCAAAAGGAGAAGAGCAGCCCAUCAGCUCUCCGUGGGAUGUGGUCUUUGGAAGUUCAAUUUCAGGGACGCAGGAAGAUGAUGUGUUGUGGAUAGCAAUGGCAGGCAUUCACCAGAUAUGGGCACUGAUGUUGGAAGGUGGAAAACUACCAAAGGGAAGUGACUUAAAGAAAGGAGCCUGCCUUCGCUUUGCUGGGAGUGGGAACGAGGAGAACAGGAACAAUGCUUACCCACACAAGGCAGGGUUUGCCCAGCCCUCGGGGCUCGCCCUGGCCCCAGAGGAGCCCUGGAGCUGCCUGUUCGUGGCCGACAGCGAGAGCAGCACCGUGAGAACCAUCUCGCUCAAGGACGGGGCGGUGAAGCACCUUGUAGGAGGAGAGAGAGACCCAUUGAAUUUGUUUGCUUUUGGUGAUGUGGAUGGAGCAGGCAUAAAUGCAAAGCUGCAGCAUCCCUUGGGAGUAACAUGGGACAAGAAAAGACAGCUGCUUUAUGUGGCAGAUUCCUAUAAUCAUAAGAUUAAGGUUGUGGAUCCCAAGAUGAAGAACUGUGCUACCCUGGCAGGCACAGGAGAAGCAGGCAGUGUUGUUGGUUCCAGCUUUACCCAGUCAGCUUUCAAUGAACCAGGAGGUUUGUGUGUUGAAGAAAACGGCCGCCUCAUGUAUGUUGCAGACACAAAUAACCAUCAGAUUAAAGUGCUGGAUUUGGAAACAAAAAUUCUUUCCAUGUUGCCUAUCCUGAAGCCAGAAGCAUGUGAUGUUCCAGAUAACCUGCCUGUGCAAAAGGAUAAAAUAGCAAACCUGCCAAGACUGCCUAAAUCUGCACCAAAUAUUGAACUUCCUUCACUAACUGUAGCUCCUGGCCAGACAAUUCAGUUUUUAUUAAAGUUGACUCUUCCUCUGGAUUCCAAACUGAACGAGGAAGCUCCCAGUGCCUGGUUUAUCACAGCAGAAGAUAACACCUGGUUGCUGCAAGGACAAUGUCUGACAGGAGAAAUAAAGGAUGUUUCCUGUCAAACUGUCAUUCCCUUUCAGUUGCCUGGGAGCUGUGUGUCAGCUGAAGCCACCCUGGCCAUCAAAGCGUGCCUCUACUACUGCAGCAAAGGUAGCAGUGCCUGUAUGAUGGCAGGAGUCUCCUUCAGCCAGCCCUUGCAGGUCACUGGCACAGACCAAGGCAGCUCAGCUCAAGUGGAACUGAUACACACCUUUGUAACCAACUAACACAAAGCCAGCUGAUUUCACACUUUAUUUUGCUAUCCAACAUUUCUGUGGGAGAAAGUACAAAUAGAUGACUUGGCUCUGUUUUUCCAGGAGCUUAUGACAAAGCUAAGAAAUAAUUUGCUUGGUAAAAUGAAGUAGUUUUUCUUACAGCUUAACAGGAAAAUUUAUCAUCACAACCUCAUUUCUUUACAUUACAGUAGCAGCAAUAACUUUGUAAUACUGCAGACUCUUGUUGCCAAUUGUGAACACACUGGAUGUCUGCCAGUCUGAAGAAGUGAGCAACAAUUUUUAGAGUCCAUUUGAAAGAGCUGGUGUUACUUUGUGAUGUUACUGUAAGAUCUUUGCACUGUAGAAUAGAUCAUUUUGGACUAACACUUCAAAAUUCCUUUUAUGCUCUUAUUGCAUUUUAAUAGAAUGUCAAAAGGAAGUUCUUUCUCCACUCUAUAGAAAAAGUAUUUUGCUUAUUCUUCUGUGGUGACACCUAUGACAUGUGUAUUUUGAAAAUACACCUUAAACUAGGUGCAGCUCUCGUUUUAUGCAAACUGAGCAUUUUGCUUUAACUCAACAUCACCGCCUUACCUGAAGAACAAAGGUUCAUGGGAAAUUUCUGUGCAAGGAAGCGUUCAAGCUCCUGCAGAAGAAUUUCAUGCUGAUUUUUAACAAAGAAUGUGCCUCACUGCAAUGUGGAUAUGUAUAUAAAAUAACCACCACAAAGCCAUGCUGGCGCUUUUCUGAUACAUACCAAUUUACAUUUUAUAGAAAGUGGUAGGUAAUGGUUGAAUAUCUACACUGCAAAAAUUAAAUGUCAUCCAUUUCAAACAGAGUGAUUCACUCCCAUUUUUAUGAUUUCUCUGCAAAGACUGCUCUGAAGACUUUGCAUAUACGUAAUAUUGUGAAGAAUAUUACACUCUUGAAGUCUGAUUCAGAGUCUUUUGAAGUCACUGUUAGUCCAUGGAUUUGUUAUAGUGGCCACUGAACCAGAAUACUUGAUAAUGGAUUAUUUACAUUCAUGUUUAGAGCCUCUGAUCUUCUGCUAGAAAACUGGUAACCUUAUCUCUGAGUAAAAUGCUUUAAAAUUCUAUUGCAAAACUCUGCCCUUGGUGGUUAAAUGUUUUGCAAAUAAAAUUCCCUCAAUUUGCCAUAGUAAGAAGGGGCAGGGUGAUAGUGGUGGUGCAAGUUCAUUUACCUGAGCUGCAAGAGUUUCCAUCAUGCUUAAGUAAUUGGUAAGGCCCUGUGCUCUGGUCAUGGUGAUCAGUUCUGAGAAGAUGAUUUUGUUUUAAGUUGAAAGAUAGUCACACAUACCAUAAAGUGCAGUAGUGAAAGAGUUUUUUUAUAUAGUCUUUUCUAAAACAAUUACUCCUGACACCUGUCAGUAAAUCCCCACUAUCAGAUGUUGUUGCUUUUUCUUACUUAAAGACUGACUGAAAUGUUGGUCAUGAACCCAAGAGGCUUUUGUUUUAAGGGAGUGGUGUGGUUCUUCCUUCCAUUGAAAUGCCAGUCUAUCUGAGAGUUCUUGGUGGCACCAGAAAUGGUUGUUAUCUCACCUGUCAGCAAAGCAAGGGCUGAAAUGUUAUUAUUCUUAUGUUUGGUUUUUAAGCAAGUUUCCUAAUUCACUGUUUUAGCUCCUUUGGGUAAGCCUCUCCAUUCUCACAUGCCAUUUUGAAGGGAGAAAAAGCUUUGAUACUUUGUUCACAGAUAGCAAAUGCUGUUGGAAGGUUGAAGAUAAAGGAACUGAUUUGGGCAUUUAUUAGUUUUUACACUUUAGUAAAACUUAGUUUUCCACAAUUCCUUGUUUGUCUGUUUACCUUUGGAUAGUAGCCAGGAAACCUUCAAUCAGCUUCUAGAUAGCCUGCAGAUUUUCUGCUGCUCUCUAGAAAAAAACAAGCAUUAGGUUCAGAAGUUGAGAAUAAUGAACCAGACUGUCACAGUUACCUUGAACGUGUAAUUCAUCAGAUGGAUCUUUUGUCUCUCAUUUUGUCCCAUCAUAGAAUGGUUUGGGUGGGAAGAUGAGAGAUCAUCUUGUCCCAACCCCUUGCCAUGGACAGGGACACCUUCCACUGGAGCAGGUUCCUCAGAGCUACACCCAGCCUGAUUGUGAACACUUUCAGGGAUCUGGCAUCCCAGCUUCUCUGGGCAGCCUGUGACAGUGUCUGACCACUCUCACAGUAAAGAAUUCCUUCCCAAUAAAAUAAAUAAUAAAUCUGCCUUCUUUCAGUCUGAAGCCAUUCCCCUGGUCCUAUCCCUGCAUGCCCUUGUCAAAAGUCUCUGUCCAGCUCUUGCAGCUCCUUCAGGUACUGGAAGAUGCUAGAAGGUGUCUCCAGUCUUCUCCAGGCUGAACAACCCCAGCUCAGAUUUUCAGGUAGAAUGACAUUAUGUUGUACUAUUUCAAUUAGAUCACUUUAUCAACUGCCUGUACUCCAAUAUUAAAAGAAAAAAAAAAAAAAAAACCCAAAAGUGUUCACUGUGAUUGGCCUUUAAUCAUAAAGUUUUGUUUGUCCAAGGGAUAAGGAUACACAUUCCCAGAGUCACUGCUUCUGUUUCACUUGUAGUGUACAGAUAUUCAAAUGUUCUAUGAUUAGAAAAACACAGAUUUUUUUUACAGCUUAUGAUAUUUAGGGAUACUAUUUCCAUUUCUUCCUCCAGGGUUUACAAGCUGCUCUUACAGUUAAUAACAAGUGCCAUAAAUUUCACCAGACAGGUAAACUGAAUAGCAUAUACAAGCUACAAGAAAUUUAUUUAAUUACUAGAAAGUAUCUUCCAAAUAUGAUGCAGAAAAUGGGAAAUGUUACUUUUCUGUAAAAAAGAGUCAGAUAUAUUGAUGCUACCUCUUUGUAUGGGAACUAAAUGUUUUGAUGUUCCCUGAUAUAAAAAUUCUAAGCAGAUUGGAAUGGCUCAGCACUCCCAGAUUUGUUUCUCACAGUAAAAGUUUGUAAAUCAAGGUAUUUUCCAAACAUGACUUUCUACUGGCUUUAAAAAGUUUUGCAGCAGACCUUAAGAAAGCAUUAAAAGACCAUAGGAAGUCUCUAAAGAGUAUUGGUCAUGGUUGAUUUGUAUCAUGGAAACAAGUUCAGUGGCAUUUUAAGUUUUUAGUUGUAGUGUUUGCAUCUCUGGGACAGCUUUUGGUUUUGAAUGGAUGUAUUAAUAGUUCCAUGAGAUGUUUUUAGUAAUUUUAUUCAAUUGCAGUAUAAUAUUUUUUUGUUAGAUUAGAAAAAAGAUGAUGUGGUUUCAAAGAGGGAGGAUAAUUUGUUUUAAUAGCUCCUUCAUGUUGUUUGAAUUCAGUAAUAUCUUUGUGUAGUUUGGUCCCUUCUGUUGAAGGAAGGGUAGGGAUGAUGACUGUGUAAAUCUCUUGGUGGGCACAUAUUUUAUGCAUAUAUUUUUGGUUGGUUUCUUUUUGUGUUAGAUUCUUACAUCAUUUUUAGCUUUCCUAUUGGAUGCAGUUCUUCACAGUUUGUGUUUGGGGUCUCAUGUCUUCCACUGUAGAUCAUUAUAGUGUUUGUAUAAUGCUGUGGUAGUGUGGUACCAAGCAAGAGAAAGUAGUUUUAUAGCAUCAGGUAAAUGCCUUAGAAAAAGUGCAUAUGGCUUCCAAUAUAUUGUGUAUGUUCUUAAUGCACUGAUUUUAUUUCAGUAGGAAAAUAUUGUAGCUGAAACCAUGGCUAAAACUGUUUUGUUGAGAGAACAUCAAGAAAAGUAUAUUCUUUACCUCUUGCUCAGAGGAAGGGGAUGAUGAAAAUGAAGAGACUUUCCUUCUAAUGUAGGACCAUGUCCUUCUGUUCCUUUAAUUAUUGACUAUUUAUUUUAGCAAAGCUAGAGGCAUUAUUGACCACAAAUUGUCUUGAAUUUUAUUCCUAACAAGGUUUUCUAUGUACAUGGAAGCUUUAAAUGUUUGACUUUGUAGAGUUAUGAGUGAUAUAUCUUGUUUGAAAUGGUUUUAGUUUAGCAGACAAUAGCAGAGAUUUAUGUACAUUCUUAAGAUUUGUAAUUUUUAAAAUCACUGGUAUUCGUUGACUCAAAGACACUUUGAGGCUACACUCUCACAGAAGUGUGAACUCAAAUUUAAGUUUUCUUUGUUGUAGAAUGUGUGAGAUGGGCUGUGACACGUUGUGUUCUCCAGGCUACAGUUGUGCUACCUAAGGAGAAUUUUCCACACACAGCAGCUCAUCAGUCACCCCCAGUAAUUCUCCACUGAAAUCUGCCAGGUCAUUUGCUCAUAUAAUCAAUCAAUAUUACUGAUUUAGGUUAGCAAACAUUUAGCAUUCAGAGUUUAUCAUUACAAUUUUUGUUGAAGUUUGUCAGGGAUUAAAGAAGCUUCUCUGUCCCAAACGAAGUAUAGGAAUGAUGACAAGUAAUUGGAGAUAAUUUUUGAAAACGUGAGACCUGGUUAUUUUUUAAUUAAAUCACAGCAUCUGUUUUUGCAUUCAACAAGAGAUCAUUAAUUUAGAAACAAUAUUAUAAUAUUCUAGAACAUACUAAUAUUUUACAUUCCAUUAUGUUCAUGUAACCAAAUUUGACUACUGUCUUCCAUUAGAAGCAGCAGAUCUAUAUUUUAUAGUUUUUGUACUAUUAUAGAUAAAGCCACUACUCUCAUUUAGGAUUAGGAUUCAUUCCUGUCCAGGACUCAUCACACCUAUGACUAAGUUUCCAAGUUUAUCUUAGUUUCUUUGUCAUACAAUUUUGGGAGGUUUUGGUUAGGGUUUUGGGUCUGUCCUUUCCUCCUGUAGUUUCCACAGUGAAAUGCAGCCCAUGUCACGUUACCAUGGAGGGAUCCAAGUAGGAAGGAUAAUUCCCUCCACCAGCUCCAUGCCCCUCCCCUGCUUCAGGGAGGGGAUGUAAACAGCAAGUGAUUCUAGACAGCAUUAGAGUAAGAAGAUGUCCUCAGGUCAAGCUUUGCACUGGUGCAGCUGCUGUCAGAAGUUUUCCCUUUACCUCUGGCCCUGUCCACUGAGUUGUAGCUGCCCCAGAGCAUCCCCUCAAACUUGAGCAGCCUGUGCAGGGAUUCUGAUGGCUCUUGGUUUCAGGAAACUUUGAUGCUAGAGAUUAAAUACUUCAGCUGCUAUAGGUUAAAUAUUUUAGCUCUUAAGUAAUUUGCUUCUUGUUGCAGGUUAUUUAAUUGUUGUCAGGUAAUGCGCUCCUGCUGCAGAUGAGAAGCUGGAAGCUUGGGUGUGAGUUGAGGAAUGUUUGUGUAGCUAUAAUUAAAUACUGCUUGGUUUACCUCUUUGGUGGUCCUUUACUUUCAAGCAUACCAGGGAGCUCUGUCCAAUUGCAGGCUCUAGGGCUAAGCAAAAGAAUUGCAAGUAUUUUUAAAGUCUUGCCUAGUUCCUUUGAAACAUUGACAAUUUUGAGCUAAAGAAAUCCCGUUUGAAGAAAACCUGUUCAUACAUCUGCCUUAACUUAAUGCUCUGUACUCAACAUGCUUCAGAAGAGAGAUAUUCCACACUGUAUUCUUUCCCAUUUUGACUAAGGAUUGAGAAAUUCAACCCAUCUGGCCAUUGUCAGACUUCAUAGAAAGCAAAACAGCAAUUUCCAAUUUGAUUUUACAUCCAUCUAAAAGAAGAGAAAAAAAUGCCUAUUUUCCAAGCUUUUGAUUAAUCUGAAAUACUGAGUUUGAACCAUAUGUUCAAGGAAUCUGUCCUGAGAGUUGCUUGAAUCAUAUUUCCAAAUCUGGUUUCCAGAUUUCAAAAAUUAAUUGAUAGUAAAGUGGAGAAACAAAUUGCUAAAUGUUUUAUAUGUUGAAUAUUUAACUUCAGAAGUCUGCAAUUUCACUUUUAAAAUAGAGUAAGAACAACUAAAAUGUUCUCCUCUCUGUCAUUCCCAUUAAUGUACCAUUAAUCAUUGUAUCAUUAAAACCUGUGGUGGAUCUAUGUGAUUUUGUAAGAAAAUCAAUAAAGAAGAAGGAGGUGGUUGUUAAACAGUGACUGGGUGAAAUCCAGGUGCUCUAAGGUUAGUGGAAAAUACCUUUAGGGCCAGGAGUUUGGCCCAGUGUGACAGAAAUUCUGUGUUUUUAUUACAUCUUGAUGGCUGAAGGAAAAAAUCAGUGCCUUUUGUAACAAUACUUGAAAGUGUUUCUUUACAGAAAUACUGGAGUACUGAUUGAAAUAAGCUAUUUAACCUUCAUUGUGUGCAAGUUUCAGAGGGAUUUAAUUCUACUAAUUCUGAAACUGUGAAGAAUUUUCCUUCUCUGUCAUGUCACUGAAUUACUUUGAAAUUAAGGUGCUUAUUUGUCAAACUCCUUACAAAAUACUUCAAAAUGAGGUUGUUUCUCAGUCUUGUGAGCUUACUCCUGAAAUUAUUGUUAGCUCUUUUGUACACUCCAGAUCAAAUAUGGCAGGGAGACUUCAAACAGCUUGCUGAAAUCAUGGUUUGAGUGAGAUGGAAGGCAAAGGUGACACUUCUUGGUAUUUGAGGGACGGAGACUUGGUCUUUGUUUUGGAGUUUUCAUCUGUUCUACAGAUCAGCAAAGAUGCUUUACACAGCAGAGGGUUUUGUGUAGGGGCAGUGAAGAAGGGUCAGGUUAUGUCACUGUGAAAAUGUGUAACUUCAUUUAGGUUGUGCUGCUGGGAUAUCUAAAAAUCCCAGCAGUACAAUGCUAGUGAGGGAAGUCACAUUCAAGCACUUAACACCUUAAUAAAUGUCUCCGGGUGGUUUAAGGGGAAAGACAGGAAUUUUAUUUUCUUCCUUGAGAAUUUCAGUGUUGCUUUGUAGCAAUUGGAAAAUUUUGUCUGUUCUUUGAGAUACUAAACCUUUGUUUCUCCAUUACAUUUGAUGCAAAGCUUUUCACAUAUUUGAAUAUUUUAAAAAUGUGGUUUACGUUUAUUGUUACAAAAUAUGAGGAGAACUAAAAUGGAAGAAUUCAUCUAAGCUGAUCUAGGUCGUGUAAAUUCUUCACUGACAGUGUUGCUUAACUGUUCUUAACAAUAUUCAUAGAUGAUGAUAUCCUUUAUAAAUAAAGGGUAAAUGUCCUGUAAUAUUAUGAGAACAAAUAAAUACACUGUAGAAGAAAUGUCAGCCUUGGCUAUCAAACCAACAGAUAAACAGUGAUUAAAGAAUGUAUGCUUUCUCCUGUGCAGCCUCUUUCUCCUUGUAAAGCUUUUUCAUGGAAAAAUAAACAUUAAAAAAUUUUAUGUUUUCUUUCA